CGCGCAGCAACUCCGCCCCAAGGCAGCGUCAUGCCAUGGCAUGCCUCCCCGACAAAGUGCCGCCGUGGGUUCGACGGCGUCCUCGAGAGGGCACGCACCCCGCGCUCGACGGGCCUUUGGGCUGAGGAUCGCCCACGGCGUGAGGUGCCUGCUUGCCUGCUUGCUGAGCAGUCACGCGCGCGGGGCUUGACAGCCACAGCUCCGCCGGCAUUCUAGCUCUGAGAGGCCGCGGCACUGCCUGCCUCUGCCGCCGCUUCAUCCGGGCCUCAAGAGCAUCGGCCUCGUCUGUCCUCACGGCUGAGCAGCCUCUUUCCUCUCCAUCAUCAUCCUCAGCAACGAGCAGCUCCACCCUCGCGACACCUCUCGAGCUGCUCCUCGCCACCCUCCCGCGCGACACCUCCACCUCUCUCUCUCCACCGCGCACCGCCGCGCACACGCGCCCCGCCAUGGCCGAGCCGCAGCUGCGUCUGCGCAUGUCGCCCAGCAGCAGCAGCGAGACGCUCGCCGGCAGCGGCAGCGGCAAUAGCGGCAAGACGACGCCGCAGCUGCAGCAGUCGCAGCCGCAGUUUGACGAUCCGCAGCGCGCGGCAAAGAUGGCGAAGAAGGCGGCGCUGGAGCAGCGGACGUGGCAGUACUACCCCGCCAUUGCACUUGCGGGCUUCGUCUGGGGCAUCACGCCGGCCUGCUGGGCCAUUGUGCUGCACACGCUCUUCAAGCUCUACCGCGGCGACAUCGCCUCCAUGCGCAGCGCCACGGCUGCCGGCUGGCCCAGCGGCUGGGCCAUCCUCUGGUGGCACGCCAUGGUCGAGGUGCCGUUCUCCAUCUACCUCUUCUACCUCUCGCGCCGCGUGCAGGCGCCCGUCGGCGAGCCGCCGGCCGUCGACCUGGAGAAGAUGCAGACGCUGCUGUAUCAGUGCCUCGACGUCGGCCUCGCCGCGCACCCGCCCAAGCGUCGCGGCGGCCACGCCGACGACAAGUUCGACCUGCACACGGUCACCGACGAGGAGGCAGAGGCGCUGUGGCAGCGCAUGACGCGCUGGUUCCACUACUGCCCCAAGGAGCAGAUCCAGCGCGACAAUGUGCGCGAGUGGCUCGCGUGGGCCUUCACGGGGCGCGACCUCGAGGAGUGCCGCUCUGACCAGCAGGCCAUGGACAUCAUCGAGCGCAGCCUCGAGCUCGCCGAGAACCGGCUCAAGACGACGUUCAAGGAGGGCCGCAACCCGCACUGCAAGACGCUGCGCCUGACGCUCGACCGCGUGCCGGUGCUCUCGCGCCCGCUGGGCUACUACGUCGUCUGCAACGGCGUCACGGCGCUCACCGUCUGGUGGGCGCAGCGCUACGGCGGCUUCCAGUUUGUGCGCGAGGGCGACUGCGAGUUCCUCGUGCUGCCCGCCGCCGAGAAGCCUCGGCAACGCGCGGCUGAGCACGCACACAAGGCCGAGCCGAUUCUCUUUCUGCAUGGCCUCGGCAUCGGUCUGGGCCAGUACUUCGCCUUCCUGCGCCACCUGCGCAUGCACGACUGCGGCGUCGUCGUGCUCAUCCAGGCGAACAUUUCGGCUACCAUCUGGCACCGCCACUUCCUCUCACCGCCGCCCAAGGAUGCGCAAGUCGACGCGAUCCGCGGUGUGCUGAAGCGCUUCGGCUUCAAAAAGGCGACGAUCCUCUCGCACUCCAACGGCACGAUGGUGCACGGCUGGGUCGCCCGCGGCGCGCCCGAGAUCUGCGGCCGCCACGUCAUCGUCGACCCCGUCAGCUUCCGGCUGUGGGAGGGCAAGACGUGCUAUGCCUUCCUGGCGCGCCAGUGGGUCACCGGGGUCGAGGUGCUGCUGGGCUACUUCGUCGCGCGCGAGCUCUCGAUUGCGACGACGAUCUGCCGACAGUUCAACUGGAGCGAUAUGGCUCUGUGGGCCCACGACCUGCCGUCGCACACGCCCGAGGACCUGCAGCUCGUGUUCGGCGAGCACGACAUGCUGAUCGACGUGCCCGCGUCGGUGGAGUACCUCAAGGACGCCGGCGUGCCCGACGCCUGCAUCACCGUCGUGCCCAAGUACCAGCACGGCAAGUCGCUCUUCUUCGACGCCGAGGGCAUGGACAUCGUGCUGCGGGCGUGCGACAUUCCGCGCUACUCCAAGGAGGCAACGGCCCGCAAGGCGUAAGAGCUCUCCUCUGCGCAUUGUCUUGCCUGCCUUCUGCCACCUUUUCCUCUUCCAACUGCUCCUCGCCUCGGUAUAUCCCUUCAUGUUACGCCUAGACUGCACCCUUAGCCCUCGCCUGUCACACUGCACUGCUGCUGCUGCGAUGUCGCAAUGAGACCUGUCACGCCU